UGUGGUUCGUCUGGUAAACGGCUCCUGUGAGGAGCCAGGCAUUUAGAGAAGAACAACGUGGAUGAAGGCAAGGCUGUCAAGUCCUCAAAACAAGCAUUUUCGUUCUGCGCUUCAACUUCUGACGUACCCUGUAUUUACGCCUGGUUUCGGGCGAAAGUGUUGGAGCUUGUCAGAGGAAAGAAAGCGGCGAUAAACAGAGAGGAAAAUAGAGAAUUAACGAAGAGGGGGCGGCCCGGACAGCGACUAAAGACAGAGGGAAUCAGGGCAAUGAUGAGACAGCGAGGAAGUGAAUUCUAGAGGGAAAAGGAGAAGAGUUAUGACAAGACGAAAAGGACUGAUUCAAAACAAAAUGGUGAACAAAACACUCUAAAAGGAAAGAGGGGGUGCUGUGAGGGAAGCUGGGACACGGACACACACACACACACACACACGCACACGCGCAUGCACCCACAACGAGCAGACUGGCACACCGAUAGAGGGAGGGAGGGAGAGAGAGAGAGAGAGGGAGAGAGCAGUCAUUCCAGUAGCCUUUCAUCUGCCUUCAAAAGACGGUGGAAUAGCAGCAGAGGGAGAUGAUAUGAGUGACAACGUGAUGAGAGGCAGUGGGGAGAGAGACUAGCGAGGAAGUCCAAGAAAAAAGCGAGAGGACCAGCCUUGGACAUCCCAGGUCCCCCCACCCCUCAUCGCCCCCCAACCUACUGCAAGGAACGCCCGAAUACAACGAGCGGAUAAAAGAAAGCAGGAGUGUGUCAGAAAGACAGAGACUGUUGAAUGUGCGUGGAUACUACACGGAGGACGAGAGGGACGUCUGAGUCCAUAGCGAGAGACGGAGACGGAAAGAAACAGAGGGAGAGGAGGACAUUUCUAGGUCUGUCUUAUCAAACUGCAGUUUUCUGAGGAAGGAGAGACCACAGCAUGAAAGUGAGAAGUUCAAAGUAGGAUGAGAAUCAGGAGGACUGAAGGGGAACUCCUUCAAUGUGCUAAUUUUCAGAUGCCGUUUUUUAAAAAGAGAGACAUAGGGCUCAAUAUAUCUGUCAGGAAAACACAAUCAGAACAAAAACAGGAAUUCAUUUUCCUCCAAAGCAUAUGGUCCCUCCCUCCCAUCUUCAUCCGUCGCUUACACCGUGUUUACAAAAGUGACAGAUCAGGCAGUGGAUGGAAGCGACUGCAGGAGAGAAAGUGAGAGGGGGAGAGAGAGAAAAAAAGAAGAGGAGAAAUGUUCUGGAUGGUGUUAAAUGCUAUUUGAAGAGAGUGUAAAACGGCUCACUGGCUUAGUCUGGCAAAAAUACAGACGACGAGUGGUAAAGAGACAGAAACGCCAGGAAGAGCAUAAAGCGAGCGGAGGGAGGAGGCGCGCCGGGGGGCCGAGAGCGACGCCGCCGCCCGGGGGAGCGGCAGCGCGUCGCCAUGGCGUUCACCUUCGCCGCUUUCUGCUACAUGCUCACGCUGGUGCUCUGCGCUGCUCUCAUCUUCAUCGUCAUCUGGCACAUUAUUGCCUUUGACGAUCUCCGGCAAGACUUCAAGAAUCCCAUCGACCAGAGCAACCCCACCAGAGCAAGGGAAAGGAUAAAGAAUGUUGAACGAAUCUGUAACCUGCUACGAACCCUGGUGGUCCCUGAGUACUGCAUCCAUGGGCUCUUCUGCCUGAUGUUCAUGUGUGCAGCAGAGUGGGUGACCCUGGGCCUCAACAUCCCCCUGCUUUUCUACCACCUGUGGAGGUAUUUCCACCGGCCAGCUGAUGGCUCAGAGGUCAUGUACGACCCAGUGAGCAUCAUGAAUGCAGACAUCCUGAACUACUGCCAGAAGGAGUCCUGGUGCAAGCUGGGAUUCUACCUGCUCUCCUUCUUCUAUUACCUGUACAGCAUGGUAUACACCUUGGUGAGCUUCUAACCUGGGAAGACAAAGGCGGAGAUCCAGAGAGCGUCUGACACAUUGCUCUCCUUUCCACUACAUCUCAUCACUCCAUCCCAGGACGCCACGUAGCUCACUCUCCUCCUCUCGGCAAAACAGCCGGGAGGGGGCACAUUUCUGAGGAGGACCGAACAAAUGAAUGCGGGCGGAACUUUUCCAAGCACAGAGACGUCGCCACUGUGAAAACGGACAGCAGAGAGGAGGCCACGGUGUGGAGAGCAGGGAGAGGAAGAUCCCAGAGUUUGAGUCAGGAUUGUGGAACGCGAUCGAGGAAAGCGGGCAGCACAACAUGAGGCCAGAUAACAGGCCGACGGUGUAAAACGGUAGCGAGAAAAAUCAAACCAAACAAUAACUGGGAAAGCACAUCCACGUUCCUCCGCACCGACGACAGAUGGCGGCGGCAGCCGGGACUGGCGGCUCAGUCUGAUGAUGGUGGAAAUUCGGCCUCUCAAAUUCCCUGGACGCCAGAGAACACAAGGAAAAAGAUUGGAGCGGCUUUGGGAUGGAUCCAGCGAUACAGAAUGAUAAGAUUCUAAUUAAUGCAUUAAUAGGCAUCACUACUUUGUUCAGCAGCCUCUUCUGUACACUAGAAAUUGUUUUCUAAUUCUCUAAAUGCGCAGAGCCUUCGGUGGAUGAAAAUUACAUUAGGAACCGUCCUGUUCCAGAAACCCUAACAGCUUUCACACACACUGCGUUUUCAACGGGCAAGACAAAUCUAAUAAUCGUGCUGUGGAUUGGCCCAGCGGCCCGUGUGGCCUCCCAUGGAGUGAGGGGUGGUGAGUGGUGGGGUUUGGGGUGGGUUGGGCGUGGGGGCAUAACCACUAGUCAUUGUCCACUCAGGUCCUCAUCACCACUUUGUACCAGUACUGACAUUCUCCUCACUCCAUCAAGUGCUUCUUGGAAUGGGAGGUAAUUCCCACCUAUAGCCAGGACCUCUUCACUAACUGGUGUUACUGAUACCUCUGACCGAUGUUUACAGUGGGCAGCUCGGAAUCCAGUGACUUACAGUACUCCUCACAGGAUUGUGGGGUGGUGUGCAGCCGUGCGGACAUUUAGAGGAUGGGACGGUGCAGUACGCUUGUUCCGACUGCACUGUCGCCUCCUGCCGACUUGAAUGUAUAAGCCAUGCGAUGGGAAUGGGCUAUCAAUUCUUUACUGUGGAAAAUACCGGAUUCUAAGGAAACCUAUAUUUGGGCCAAACUCUGAAACCAGAACCGGCCGAAAUAUCCGAGGCCCACACCAAUGAACUUCGAACUAACCUAUUUAAAAAGCCAUGCUGACUGAAUCUCUGAAACACGACCACAAAGCAAGACAAUAACAGCCAUCUGGAAGUGAGGCUUGGCGAUCGUCUUUGCAGGUGCAGCUGUCACGGGCUAGCAGAGCCUUCCAGACUGGUUCAUUUUGCACAGCGUGAUAUAUACACUUGUAGCUCAUUGGCUUUGUUUAGUUUUUCAUGCCUUACUCAAUAAUUAGUCGACACAGUGAACAUCUCGCACAACUACAAUUUUUAGAGACCUGAACAUGCACCAUAGUGAUACUUAAUUCACAGCAUAAAAGUACAGUUUUAUGGCUUUCUACUUCAAUUUUAGAUUAUGUACAGACACUGUUUUACUAUUCUCAAGCAAUUCAGAUCACAUGUUGUAAAUAACAGUUACACAGUCGUUAACGUACUAUCGAAAGCAGAUGAGUAGACUGUGUGAUUUUGUGAGAGUAUCCAUAAGUCUGUACACAGUGUUUGCCAUGGUGGUGUGCGCCUUGGCCUUCCGUCCACAGUGAAGCAUAAGAAGCACUGCUUCUUCACGGGCAGCAGACGAAGCACUGUUUCUUCACGGGCAGCAGACGAAGCACUGCUUCUUCACGGGCAGCAGACGAAGCACUGCUUCUUCACGGGCAGCAGGCCAGGCUGUGACAGAAUGGCAGGUCGUCUCUGUACGGGAGCUGGUCGUCCAGACAGCAGUUACGCCGUUAAGAUGGUGGGCUGCAUAGAAACAGCCUCUCCUGACCUUUCUCAGUCCCAGAUGUCCGCUUUUAAUGCUAUUCCAAUUUCAUCUUUGACACUAUUCCAAAGCUGGGAGGAAGAGCCCUCCUGCUAGGAUGAUGAAAUGAAAAUCGUUUGUUUGCCAGAAAACGAUGACGGCCUUGGUACGCUUUGAAAUCAGAAACGCGGCUGCUCUCUGUGUAGAUAUUUCAGAUGAAGUGUUCAGAGUCCCGAGGCUUAUUCCAAUGGUGGCGCAGAAAAUGUAUUAACGGGAUUAAGAGGCGUGUCAUUUACAUUUCAGGAGGCAAAUUAAACAGUUCACGUGCGAAGAGGCUGCCUCUACAGUGAAGUUUAGUAUCACUCAAGAUACUAUUCCGUUUCAAUAACACUUACUGUGCUUAUAGUUAUAACUGAUGACAGAACAGAUGACAUACGUGUAACAAUAAAAUAUAUUAGUGUAAUGCAGCAGAAUGUACGACUGAAAGUAUGUUCAAGGUAUUUUUCAUUUUUUAUUGAAUAAAGCUUAUCAAAGCAUUCACUGCUUAAUGCACAGGAUGGGCAGAAGAGGUGAUGUUCAGAUUGUUAGUAUAAUGGUGCCGGUUUCUUUUUUUUUUUUCAAUUAGCAGAAACCAUGGUAACGUUUCUUGAAUCUUUCUAGUGUUUUUGGCACUAACCAAAUGUUUUCUAUUAACAUUGUGGGCCACUUGUGUAUGACUGUACUUUGUUGUGCAUUCCUGGACAACACACGUCAGUCAAGGACAAUCAGAGAAGCACAAAAGGUGGGGGGGGGAGGGGGGGGCAGGACCUCAUGUCACUUUGCUAAAGUAGAAGACUCUUUGUAAUGGUCUUUUCUAUCAAAUAAUACAAGUCACUAUAUGCUACUGUUGUUGUUAUCAGUUUGUAUUUUGAACUGAUAGGAUAUUGUAACGCAAUAGGAACCACUGUAAUGUAUACAGAAGUCAUUCAUAAGCCUUGAUAUUAUAAUAAAAUAGCAAAUAGGCAA